AUGAGUGAGGCCGGGGAGCGGAGCUGUCCUCGCGGGGGACCCCGAGACUCGGACGGGAAGGGUCCAGAGGAGCCGAGUCCCCCGAGGAAGCCAUUCUUCCGACUUUGCUUCCACGUGGUCGUCCUGCUGAGCUUGGUGGGCCUGGUCAUGUGCUACAGCGUGUUCGUCCAAGAUGUUUCAUUCCGAAGUCAUUACAGGAGGAUCUUCAACUGGACGAGCCACGUGGGGCGAGCCCCUCGGUACCGCCCCGAUCCCAGGAACCAGUCUCUCCUUCAGUACCACCUGGCCUACCCUCGGAACUAUGAGUUCACCAUGGACAUCCCUGAAGUGUGCCAGGUACACAAGCCUUUCUUGGUCAUGAUGGUGCCGGUGGCGCCGGCGAACAUUGCUGCCCGGGACGCCAUCCGCCAGACGUGGGGCAGGGAGAAGCAGGUCCAGGGCAAGACGGUCCUGACCCUGUUUGUGUUGGGCAAAUCUCACAUGCAGGAAGCCCUGCAGCGGGAGCUUGCCCGUCACCACGACCUGAUACAGUCGGAUUUUGUGGACACCUACCUCAACCUGACCAUCAAGACCAUGGUGAUCAUGGAGUGGCUGGCCACCCGCUGCCCGGAGGCCGAGUACGCCAUGAAGGUGGACUCCGACAUGUUCAUCAACAUCAACAAUCUGGUCAUCAUGCUGAAGACACCGAACAUCCCCAAGACUAACUACCUCACCGGGAGGCUGAUGUGGAACCGGCCAGUCAUCCGCUCCAGAGAGUCCAAGUGGUACGUCCCCGUGGAGAUGUACCCGGAGUCGACUUACCCCACCUACACUCUGGGAAUGGGCUACGUGUUCUCCAACGACCUCCCGGGAAAGUUAGUGGAGAUUUGCAAAACCAUAAAACCCUUCAACAUCGAGGACGCCUACAUCGGGCUGUGCAUGAAAAGGCUGGGGCUCACCAUCACCUCCCCUCCGGACCCCUGGCAGUUCCAGGACUAUAACUACAAAUACAAUCGCUGCCAGUACUCCAAGGUCAUCACCUACAUUCUGACAAGUUCAGCGGAGCUCAUCAGAUACUGGACAGACCUGAACCAGCCUGGACCACCAUGUUAG